AUGAAUAGAGAAAUUACAUCAGUAGAUGAAUCAGUAAAUGAAAAAAUUGAAAAUUGUGGAAGUUCUUUUUUUUUAAACAGAACUGAUAUUGUAUUAGAAAAUACUUAUGAUCAAUCAAAAGAAAAUACACAUGAGCAAUUUAAUAAUACUAUAAAAAAAAGUACUAUUUAUCAAACAGUGAUUUUUAAUAAAAAAAAAAUUGAAGUUUAUCAAUUUAAAGAAUUUCCGAAAAAAUAUCUAAAUAGUGUUUAUGAAUUGUUAAGCGAAGAAUUGUCCGAGCCAUAUAGCAUUUUUUUACUUAAAACUAUUUUAAAAAAUUAUAGUGAAAUUGCAUUAAUGUCUUUAUAUGAUGAAAAAUGUGUUGGUACAGUAAUAAGUAAAAUUUCUUCAAAAUAUAAAAAUGAUGAUGAACCAAUUAGCUUCGGAUAUAUAUGUAUGAUUGCUGUUCACAAAUCUAUCAAAGGAUGUGGUUCAUAUUUACUAAAUGAAAAUAUUAAACUAAUGCAAAGUUUGUAUGGAGUAAAUGAAGUUCACCUCGAAGCUGAGGCUACAAAUAACCCAACAUUACGUUUUUACGAAAAAAAUGGAUUCAUUCGAGUAAAAAGAAAGCCCUAUUAUUAUUUGAAUGGUGUGGAUGCUUUUAAAUUAAAGAAAAAACUAUAA